AUGAGUACGGACGCGGAGAUGCAGAUUUACGGCAAGGCGGCCGUCUACCUCCGUAAACCAGAGAAGGAGAGGAUUGAGGCUCAAAGUGCUCCUUUUGAUGCCAAGAGUGCCUGCUACGUGGCUGAUGUCAAGGAGUUGUACCUCAAGGCUAAAAUCCUCAAGAAGGACGGUGGCAAAGUCACAGUCGCUGUCUUGGGCACUGAGGAGGAGAGAACAGUUAAAGAAGAUGACGUCUCUCCCAUGAACCCUCCCAAGUACGACAAAAUUGAGGACAUGGCCAUGAUGACCCACCUCAAUGAAGCCUCUGUGCUUUAUAACCUCAAAGAGCGUUAUGCAGCAUGGAUGAUCUACACCUACUCUGGGCUGUUCUGUGCGACUGUCAACCCCUACAAGUGGCUGCCAGUGUACGACAUGGAAGUCGUCAAUGCCUACAGAGGCAAGAAGCGUAUGGAGGCUCCACCCCACAUCUUCUCCGUCUCUGACAACGCUUUUCAGUUCAUGCUUUGUGAUCUGCUGGAGAAGUCUAGAGUAACAUACCAGCUUGAACUGGAGAGAGGCUACCACAUCUUCUUCCAGAUGAUGACCAACCACAAGCCUGAGAUCAUUGAAAUGUGUCUCAUUACAUCCAACCCAUACGACUUCCCCAUGUGCAGCAUGGGUCAAAUUACUGUUGCUAGCAUUGAUGACAAAGAGGAGCUGGAAGCAACUGACAAUGCCAUUGACAUCCUGGGCUUCACCGCUGAGGACAAGGUGAGCAUCUACAAAACAACAGGUGCUGUCCUCCACCACGGAAACAUGAAGUUCAAGCAAAAGCAGCGUGAGGAGCAGGCUGAACCUGAUGGCACUGAGGAUGCUGACAAGGUUGCUUACCUGCUGGGUCUGAACUCUGCGGACAUGCUUAAGGCGUUGUGCUACCCCAGAGUCAAGGUCGGAAAUGAGUAUGUCACCAAGGGACAGACAGUGCCACAGGUGAUGAAUUCUGUACCUGCCCUGGCCAAGUCCAUCUAUGAAAGGAUGUUCUUGUGGAUGGUCAUCCGCAUCAACCAGAUGUUGGACACCAAGCAACAGAGAAACUUCUUCAUUGGAGUCUUGGACAUUGCCGGCUUUGAAAUCUUUGAUUUCAACACCUUGGAGCAGCUGUGCAUUAACUUCACCAAUGAGAAACUGCAACAGUUCUUUAACCACACCAUGUUCGUCCUGGAGCAAGAGGAGUACAAGAAGGAGGGUAUUGUCUGGGAGUUCAUUGACUUUGGUAUGGACUUGGCUGCCUGCAUUGAGCUGAUUGAAAAGCCCAUGGGCAUCUUUGCCAUCCUUGAAGAGGAGUGCAUGUUCCCCAAAGCCUCAGAUACAACCUUCAAGAACAAGCUGUAUGAUCAACAUCUUGGCAAGAACAAGGCGUUUGAGAAGCCUAAACCAGCCAAGGGCAAGGCUGAGGCCCACUUCUCCCUGGUGCACUAUGCUGGAACUGUGGACUACAACAUCUGUGGCUGGCUGGACAAGAACAAGGACCCCCUGAACGAGUCUGUUAUCCAGCUGUACCAGAAAUCUUCAGUCAAGCUCAUGCCUGUUCUGUAUCCCCCGACUGUUGAAGGUUUGAUGGAGAACUUCCUGGUCAUCCACCAGCUUAGGGAUGCUGUCUAUACCAUUCAGUACAAUAUCCGUUCAUUCAUGAAUGUCAAGCACUGGCCAUGGAUGAAGGUUUACUAUAAGAUCAAGCCCCUCCUGAAGAGUGCUGAGACUGAGAAGGAACUUGCCAAUAUGAAGGAGAAUUAUGAGAAGAUGACCACUGACUUGGCUGCGGCACUUGCCAAGAAGAAGGAGCUUGAGGAGAAGAUGGUUUCCCUUCUGCAGGAAAAGAAUGACCUGCAGCUCCAAGUGUCUUCUGAAGGAGAGAAUCUAGCAGAUGCUGAGGAGAGGGAUGAAGAAGAGAUCAAUGCUGAGCUCACUGCCAAGAAAAGGAAGUUGGAAGAUGAAUGUUCAGAGCUCAAGAAAGAUAUUGAUGAUCUGGAACUUACCUUGGCCAAAGUGGAGAAAGAGAAGCAUGCCACUGAGAACAAGGUGAAGAACCUGACAGAGGAGAUGGCUUCUCAGGAUGAGAGCAUUGCUAAGCUCACUAAAGAAAAGAAAGCACUCCAAGAGGCUCACCAAGGCAAACACUGGAUGACCUGCAGGCAGAAGAAGACAAAGUCAACACACUUACCAAGGCCAAGACUAAGCUUGAGCAACAAGUUGAUGAUGUAUCUUGAAGGUUCAUUGGAGCAGGAGAAGAAACUGCGUAUGGACCUGGAGAGAGCAAAGAGGAAGCUGGAGGGUGACCUGAAACUUGCUCAGGAAUCCAUCAUGGAUCUUGAGAAUGACAAGCAGCAGUCUGAAGAGAAAAUUAAAAAGAAAGACUUUGAGACCAGUCAGCUUCUCAGCAAGAUUGAGGAUGAGCAGUCUCUGGGAGCACAGCUUCAGAAGAAGAUUAAGGAGCUUCAGGCCCGUAUUGAGGAGCUUGAGGAAGAGAUUGAGGCUGAGCGGGCUGCUCGUGCCAAGGUUGAGAAGCAGAGAGCUGAUCUGUCCAGGGAACUUGAAGAGAUCAGUGAGAGGCUGGAAGAGGCCGGCGGUGCCACUGCUGCUCAGAUUGAGAUGAAUAAGAAGCGUGAGGCUGAGUUCCAGAAGCUCCGUCGUGACCUUGAGGAGUCCACUCUGCAGCAUGAAGCCACUGCUGCUGCUCUGCGCAAGAAGCAGGCGGACAGUGUUGCUGAGCUGGGAGAGCAGAUUGAUAACCUCCAGCGAGUCAAGCAGAAGCUUGAGAAGGAAAAGAGUGAAUACAAGAUGGAAAUUGAUGACCUCUCCAGCAACAUGGAGGCUGUGGCUAAAGCUAAGGCCAAGAAUGCCCUUGCUCAUGGACUUCAGUCUGCUCGUCACGAUUGCGAUCUGCUCAGGGAACAGUUUGAAGAGGAGCAGGAGGCCAAGGCUGAACUUCAGCGUGGAAUGUCUAAGGCCAACAGCGAGGUAGCUCAGUGGAGAUCUAAGUAUGAAACCGAUGCUAUCCAGCGCACUGAGGAGCUUGAGGAAGCCAAAAAAAAGCUGGCCCAACGGCUCCAAGAGGCCGAGGAGCAGAUUGAGGCUGUCAACUCCAAAUGUGCUUCUCUGGAGAAAACCAAACAGAGGUUGCAGAGUGAGGUUGAGGAUCUCAUGAUUGAUGUGGAGAGAGCUAAUGGUCUCGCUGCCAACCUUGACAAGAAGCAGAGGAACUUUGACAAGGUCCUGGCUGAAUGGAAGCAGAAGUUUGAGGAGGGUCAGGCAGAGCUUGAGGGAGCUCAAAAGGAGGCCCGCUCAAUGGGAACUGAGCUUUUCAAGAUGAAGAACUCCUAUGAAGAAGCUCUUGACCAGCUGGAGACCAUGAAACGUGAAAACAAGAACUUGCAACAGGAGAUCUCUGACUUGACUGAGCAGAUUGGUGAGACUGGCAAGAGCAUCCAUGAAUUGGAGAAGUCCAAGAAGCAGGUUGAGACAGAAAAAUCUGAAAUCCAGACUGCCCUUGAGGAGGCUGAGGGAACUCUUGAACAUGAAGAGUCUAAGAUCCUCCGUGUCCAGCUGGAGCUUAACCAAGUGAAGGGUGAGGUUGACAGGAAGCUGGCAGAAAAAGAUGAGGAAAUGGAACAAAUCAAGAGGAACAGCCAGAGGGUCAUUGACUCCAUGCAAGGCACUCUGGACUCUGAGGUCAGAAGCAGAAAUGAUGCCCUUAGAAUCAAGAAGAAGAUGGAGGGAGACUUGAAUGAGAUGGAGAUUCAGCUUAGCCAUGCCAAUCGUCAGGCAUCGGAGUCCCAGAAACAGCUGAGAAAUGUGCAGACACAGCUCAAGGAUGCCCAACUGCACCUUGAUGAUGCAGUGAGAGCACAGGAGGACCUCAAAGAACAAGCUGCUAUGGUGGAGCGCAGAAAUGGCCUGAUGAUAGCUGAAAUUGAAGAACUUAGGGCAGCUCUGGAACAGACAGAAAGAGGACGCAAAGUCGCUGAACAGGAGCUGGUUGAUGCCAGCGAACGUGUUGGACUUCUGCAUUCUCAGAACACAAGUCUGAUGAACACCAAGAAGAAGCUUGAAACUGAUCUGGUUCAGGUCCAGAGUGAAGUCGAUGACACUGUUCAGGAAGCAAGAAACGCUGAGGAGAAGGCCAAGAAGGCCAUCACUGAUGCUGCCAUGAUGGCAGAAGAGCUGAAGAAGGAGCAGGACACCAGUGCUCAUCUUGAGAGGAUGAAGAAGAAUCUUGAAGUUGCUGUUAAGGACCUGCAGCACCGUCUGGAUGAGGCUGAGAAUCUGGCCAUGAAGGGCGGCAAGAAGCAGCUCCAGAAACUGGAGUCUAGGGUGCGUGAGCUUGAGACUGAGGUGGAAAAUGAACAGAGACGUGGAGCAGAUGCCGUUAAGGGUGUUCGCAAAUACGAGAGGAGAGUCAAGGAGCUCACCUACCAGACUGAAGAGGACAAGAAGAAUGUCACCAGGCUCCAGGAUCUGGUUGAUAAGCUGCAGCUCAAGGUGAAGGCCUACAAGAGGCAGGCUGAGGAAGCGGAAGAGCAGGCCAACCAGCAUCUCUCCAAGUGCAGAAAGAUUCAGCAUGAGCUGGAGGAGGCUGAGGAGCGUGCCGAUAUUGCAGAGUCCCAGGUUAACAAGUUGAGAGUCAAGAGCCGUGACGCUGGAAAGGGCAAAGAGUCUGCAGAAUAA